AUGUCAUCCCAACCAUUUAACUCCGACCCGACCGUGGAGAUGGACAGAACAAAACAACCCAAACCAAAACGGCCGAUGUCCCACUGGUGGCCGGUAGGCACAUUCUGUGCUGCUGUGACCCUUUUUAUUAUUGGCGGCGCACUCGCUGGCGCUUACUACCGCAAAGGACACUGUCAACACAAUGAUCACUGGAACAGCUGGGACGAUGACUAUGACGACGACUACGAGGACUGCAAAGGACCCAAGCCCAUGCUAUACGCCUCCGGUGCUCUUCUUCUCAUUGCGCUUUUUGUCGGUCUGCUAGCUGUUAUUUUGUUUAUUGUGUGGCUUAUUCGAAGGAGAAGAGCGCAACAAACUUUCUACCAAUCCACCCCGCUGAACGACUAUGGGCAAUACCCUCAACCGAUGUAUCCUCAGCAAUACGACCCUUACGCUCCUCCUUUUGCUCAAAAGUCCCCAGGCUAUCCUCCACAGCCUGCGCCGUAUGACGCGCCGCCUCAGCCUCAAACGGAGACUUCCCAGCCCGCAAACGAACAACCCCACAAUAAUAACAACAAUAAUCCCUUCGAACUUCAUCAAGAAGGCCACAAGUAUGGCGCGCCGCCAGCAAGCUACCACUGA